AUGAAAGUUAUCUUAAAGAACCAUUGGGUAGUUAAGCCAGCUGAGGCAACAUGGAAUGGCACUGUCUCCUUAUCAGAAUUUGAUCAAACAUUUGCUGUAACUCAUGUACCAACCAUCUAUUACUAUAAAUUUUUCCAUGAUUUUGUUACUGAUGAAAUCAUCAAAACCCUCAAGACCUCACUGAGCAAAACACUAGUAUACUUCUAUCCAUUAGCUGGCCGUUUGCGUUGGAUCAAUGGGUCCCGGCUUGAGCUAGACUGUGAUGCCUCGGGGGUUGUUCUCACGGAAGCUGAAGCUGAUGCUAAGCUAGAUAAUCUCACCGAUUUCUUGCUAUCACCCGAUUAUAAUAGCUUAUUUCCCCGUGUAGAUUACACUGUACCAAUUGAUGAGCUCCCUUUGUUGUUUGUGCAGCUUACUAAGUUCCAGUGUGGUGGUAUUGCUCUCAGUUUUGCAAUCUCACAUGCUGUUGUUGAUGGACAAAGUGCUCUUUAUUUCUUCUCUGAAUGGGCUAGGCUUGCUCGUGGGGAGCCGUUGAUGUUUGCUCCUUUGUAUGCCAAGUACACGGAGUCGAGGCGAACUGUUGACCCCAUACGAUCCAGAGAUCAUGGUGGUAAUCUACUUGGAGAUGCUUUGAGGGUACAUAAUACGCCAGAACCCAGGUUGUGUGAUAAUUACAGGGUCGACUUUAAUACAGUUGAAUUAGAAGGACCUAUUGUUCUCCCUCCUCUACCUCCAGGGCAUACAGUUGUGGUGACCAACAGUCUAAUGUAG